GAGAGCCAGCAAGACUAAAAACAAGCAAGGUGGGGGUGGAAAACUGAGGCAGCUUUUUCAGAAAGAAAAAGAGAAAGGGAAGAAGGGGGUGGGGGCCGUGGGGACUAAGCUUAACUGGUGUCUGCCUGUUUCUCUUUGAUUUGAUGGCCUUGAUUCCUUCUAAUUGGAUAAAAUAGGAAGUCACUGGCAGUCCUGUGAUGCUGGGUAUACUGAUUUUACUCAGACCAGCCGGCAGCUCUAGAGUGUGGCUAUAGUGGGGGUUGGGAGUUGGGGAAGGAGAGGAAGAAAGAGAGAGAGAAGCAGAGAGAGAGGCAGAGAGAGAGAGAGAGAGAUCUCUUUGGAUGAGGAGUGGAAAGAAAGAGAAAGACUGUGAAGAAGCCAAGAGCUGCAGAGGAAGAAAGUGAAUGAGCGCUCAAGAAGGACAAAGAGGAGUGGUUGGGGGUGGGGGUGGCGGCGGGGCAGGGAGGGGAGUCACCGCCCCUCUUGGCCACACUCUUGCCUUCAGAUCCCCUCUGUGAUGCUACUGUUUGCAGUGAUGCUUGGAGGGCAGGCACCUGCUGCUCUGUAAUGAUUCAGCCUCUUUCAGCCUUCGCGUUAACACAACAGGAUGCUGUUGCUACUGUCACUGCUGCCUCUCCUGCCGCCGCCGCUGCUGCCGCCGCCGCCGCCACCGCUGGUCCUGCUUUUGCUUUUACUUCUCCUGCAUGACAGUUGUUUUCUUCAUCUAAGCAGACAGCAGCUUCAGAUGCUGGAGGUGAGAAACAUACCUUUCAGUUUGGGCUACUGGUUUACUUAAUCCACCAACAGCCAGCUCGGCUUCUAUUUCCGCCCCAUCCUCUUGACCAGCCGGGAUGGUUUGGAGAAGCAUUUAAAAGAACUGCAAAAGUGGCCCAGAAACAGCAGUAAAGAAUUACAAUUUACUUUUAUUUGGUAGUUGCUAGAGGCGUUUUUUCCUGCCUUCUUCCUGAACUCCUUUUGCUUUGAUAAUGGCCUUGGACUUGGACGACUUAUCGAUUUCCCCCUGUAAGAUGCUGUAUCAUUUGGUUGGGGGGGGCUCUGCAUGGUAAUGGACCGUGAGACAGGCCAGGCCUUCUGGAGGUGAGCCGAUGGAGAUCUAUUCCCCAGACAUGUCUGAGGGAGCUGCGGAGAGGUCCUCCAGCUCCUCCACUCAGCUGAGUACAGACCCAUCUCUUGAUGGGCUUCCGGCAGCAGAAGACAUGCCAGAGACCCAGACUGAAGACGGGAGAACCCCUGGACUGGUGGGCCUGGCGGUUCCCUGCUGUGUGUGCUUGGAAGCAGAGCGCCUGAAGGGUUGCCUCAACUCGGAGAAAAUCUGCAUUGUGCCCAUUCUGGCGUGCCUGGUCAGCCUCUGCCUCUGUAUUGCCGGCCUCAAGUGGGUAUUUGUGGACAAGAUAUUUGAGUAUGACUCUCCUACUCACCUUGACCCUGGGGGGUUAGGCCAGGACCCUAUUAUUUCUCUUGAUCCAACUGCUGCCUCAGCUGUGUGGGUAUCAUCUGAGGCACACACUUCACCUGUCUCUAGGGCUCAAUCUGAAACUGAGGUUCAAGUUACAGUGCAAGUUGACAAUUCUGUUGUGUCCUCUGAACCUUCAGCACCACCAACCCCGAAGAAUCGUGUUUUUGCUUUUUCUUUUUUGCCAUCCACUGCACCAUCCUUCCCUUCACCUACUCGGAACCCUGAGGUGAGAACACCCAAGUCAGCAACUCAGCCACAAACAACAGAAACUAAUCUCCAAACUGCUCCUAAACUUUCUACAUCUACAUCUACAACUGGGACAAGCCAUCUUGUGAAGUGUGCAGAGAAGGAGAAAACUUUCUGUGUGAAUGGAGGAGAGUGCUUCAUGGUGAAAGACCUUUCAAACCCCUCAAGAUACUUGUGCAAGUGCCCAAAUGAGUUUACUGGUGAUCGCUGCCAAAACUACGUAAUGGCCAGCUUCUACAAGCAUCUUGGGAUUGAAUUUAUGGAAGCGGAGGAACUCUACCAGAAGAGGGUGCUGACCAUCACUGGCAUCUGCAUCGCCCUGCUGGUGGUUGGCAUCAUGUGUGUGGUGGCCUACUGCAAAACCAAGAAACAACGGAAAAAGCUCCAUGAUCGGCUUCGGCAUAGUCUUCGGUCUGAACGCAACAACAUGGUGAACAUAGCAAACGGCCCUCACCAUCCGAAUCCACCCCCAGAGAACGUUCAGCUUGUGAAUCAAUACGUAUCUAAAAACGUCAUCUCCAGUGAGCAUAUUGUUGAGAGAGAAGCGGAGACGUCUUUUUCCACUAGUCACUAUACCUCAACAGCUCAUCAUUCCACUACUGUCACCCAGACUCCUAGCCACAGCUGGAGCAAUGGACACACUGAAAGCAUCCUCUCAGAAAGUCAUUCUGUAAUCAUGAUGUCAUCCGUAGAAAACAGUAGGCACAGCAGCCCAACUGCGGGCCCACGAGGACGUCUUAAUGGCAUGGGAGGCCCUCGUGAAUGUAACAGCUUCCUCAGGCAUGCCAGAGAAACCCCUGACUCCUAUCGAGACUCUCCUCAUAGUGAAAGGUAUGUGUCAGCCAUGACCACCCCGGCUCGUAUGUCACCUGUAGAUUUCCACACGCCAAGCUCCCCCAAAUCGCCCCCUUCGGAAAUGUCUCCACCUGUGUCCAGCACGACGGUAUCUGUGCCCUCCAUGGCAGUCAGCCCCUUCGUGGAAGAAGAGAGACCUCUGCUUCUCGUGACACCACCAAGGCUGCGGGAGAAGUAUGACAACCACUCUCAGCAAUUCAACUCCUUCCACCACUACCCUGCACAUGAGAGCAACAGCCUUCCCUCUAGCCCCUUGAGGAUAGCGGAGGAUGAGGAGUAUGAAACCACCCAGGAGUACGAGCCAGCUCAAGAGCCUGUUAAGAAACUCGCCAAUAGCCGGCGGGCCAAAAGAACCAAACCCAGUGGCCACAUUGCCAACAGGUUGGAAAUGGACAGCAAUACAAGUGCUGAGAGCAGUAACUCAGAGAGUGAAACAGAAGAUGAAAGAGUAGGUGAAGAUACGCCUUUCCUGGGCAUACAGAACCCACUGGCAGCCAGUCUCGAGGCAGGCCCUGCCUUCCGCCUGGCUGAUAGCAGGACUAACCCAGCAGGCCGCUUCUCUACACAAGAAGAAAUGCAGGCCAGGCUGUCUAGUGUAAUUGCUAACCAAGACCCUAUUGCUGUAUAAAACCUAAAUAAACACAUAGAUUCACCCGUAAAACUUUAUUUUAUAUAAUAAAGUAUUCCACCUUAAAUUAAACAAUUUAUUUUAUUUUAGCAGUUCUGCAAAUAGAAAACAGGAAAAAAAACUUUUAUAAAUUAAAUAUAUGUAUGUAAAAAUGUGUUAUGUGCCAUAUGUAGCAAUUUUUUACAGUAUUUCAAAAUGAGAAAGAUAUCAAUGGUGCCUUUAUGUUAUGUUAUGUCAAGAGCAAGUUUUGUACAGUUACCGUGAUUGCGUUUCCACAGUAUUUCAGCAAACUCUCCCAUAUAUUCAGUUUUUGCUGGCUUCUUGUGCAUUGCAUUAUGAUGUCGACUGGAUGUAUGAUUUGCAAGACUUGCAACUGUCCCUCUGUUUGCUUCUAGUAGCGCCCAAUCAAUAUGUCUUGUAAUGGCACAUCCAUCCAAAUAGUCUUCUCUUUUGUAUGAACUUCUCUUUUGCUUUCAGUAUAUGAAAUGAGUUGUGUCUACUCUGCCAGCCAAGGUUCGCUUCAUUGGGCUCUGAGAUAAUAGUAGAUUCAACAGCAUGCUACUAUUAAUUACAGCAGGAAACUGCAUUAAGUAAUGUUAAAUAUUAGGAAGAAAGUAAUACUGUGAUUUUUAAAACCUAUAUUAUUAAUCAGAAGACAGCUUGCUGUCAUUAAAAGGAGCUACCAUUAUUGAUUUUUUUUUUUUGUCAAAAGCAACAGUUUUGGAAAUAGCAUAGACAAGGGGUUCAAGCUUGCUAUCAGAGUAAAUUGAACACCUUAUAAUAGGACUCAAUCUCACUCUCUCUGGGAGAAGUGAUAAAGCAGCUCAUUUAGUUGAUGAUCAAACUGUGGCUGGAAAAGGUGCAAUCAUUCCUGACUUGUAUUUUUCACGGGACUAGUGAUUGUUGUGUCUUCUUAGUUCAAGAAGGGAAAUGUGUGGCGCAAAAUGUCCACCUUACACAGCGUACUCUGCAAUUUGUCUGAAAAACUUCCAGAGUGAUAUGUGCCUAUUGUAGAUCAUAGUGGUUACUUGAUGUUAUAGGGAACUGUUUUCAUCAUAGAGUGUCUAGGAGUGAACACACGGAAGACACAAGUCGAGAGUAGUAGUGUAACUUGGUUGCAAUUUUUUUGUCAACUCUUUUAUUUCUCACUAUCUUCUCUCAUUUUUCAAUGCUGCCUUGACUAGGUCAUAAUGAUGCAUGAACAUUUUUGUCAGGAAUGGCCAAUGUGCAUGUGAUUUGUGAUUAGUAAGGACUUUCCAUAGGUGAUGAUCCAUCAGGAAAUGUCAAUACUAUUGGAAAGGUUGCACCUUUACUUGCAGAAGUGACCCUCACCUGUGUAUGGACCUCUCAGUUGCAGCCUGUAUGACCCAUUUCCUUUCAGUUUUCCUUUUUUUUUUUUUUUUUUUGCUUUAUUGUCCCCAAACAAACUUAGAUUGGUCUAAACUUUGCAUGUUCUUUGUGAUUGCAAGUCCAAAAAAGGCCUACAGAUAACAUUUGAAAUAACUGCUAAUUCAGGAAAAAAGUUAACCUUUUACAAAUGCAGGACCCAUUGCCUGCUGUCUGUCAAAUCAGGCUGGAGCUCUAUAUAGCUUCCAGUUGGCCUCCAAAAAGCCAUGGGACAAAAGGAAAACAGCAGGAAGGUUCCAAAUACUGGCCAUAAAGUCAAUGGGAGUAACUACUUGUUUCAGGUGAACUCAAUCUAUUCCUAGUCACCAAAUUUCCAUGCUAGAAUUAAAAUGACAUGCAAGUAGGUCUUAUAAGAAUAGGAGGCUGGGCAUGAGUUUUGUCAAUAAUCCCCUGCUUGUUUCUAUAAUCCACAGAGAUGCCUAUGUGCAGGUCCUGGUAGUUACAGAAUCCCAAACUGCCUUCAUUGUUCAUCUACCACUUUUUCUGUGCCCAACAGUGUCCUCCUUUGGUUUUUAACACACACUGAAGUACCUCUACCAGGGCACACAAGUUGCACUGAUUUCCUAAUUCUGUACAAAUGAGUAAACUCAUAACAGGAGGAAGAAGUCAACCCAGGGGUUCUCUAAAUCAUUCUAAUAUUGCCUUUGAAAGUCUUGACUCAUUCAUAGAUUGUUUCCAAAGUGACAUUUCUACCACUAGUUAAAUUUCUAAAAUGCCUGUUUCAAAUUCUUCAGGCAUUGGAAUAUUCCAAUUCUCCAUUCUCCAUUCUGGAGAACUUCCAGAAUCAAUAAAAUUUUCUGUUAAAAGCAAGGAACAUUUUUCUCAGUAUGAAAAUUGCUGUAAAUUUUCUAGUUGCAAAUAUAUAUAUAUAUAUAUGAAAUAUAUAUAUAUGAAAUAUAUAUAUUUCAUAUAUAUAUAUAUGAAACUUUAUGACAACUUGCUUCUGGUCACAUGCAAAGGUGGCAAAUUAGUUGGCAUAAUCUCCAUCUGUGGAACAAGAGCUUCUCUUGAUUGAUUACCAGCUGAAGCCACCACCUUUGUGUAAGCAGGGACACUUUUGUGAUGCUUAAUUGCUACAUGGCUCUCAAUCAUCCCUGCAUUAUAGACUCAAGCAGUUUGGUGGCCAUCCAAAGAAGGAGCGUGACCCUAUUUUCUCAGUGUAUGUGGCAUGUGUUUGUGGGUUUUCUGGUAGUGGAAAUUGCCCAGAAAUUAAGCAGCAACUUCAUUUUCUAGGUCAGAAAUCAUAUCUCGGUGAGGGAUAUGUAAUGCAGCAUAAUUUAUGCAAACUCCUUUUUCUCACCCAGGAUUCCUUUUCUGUCCUAUGCUCCUUUCUUGCUGGUCUGAUGCUUUUUUCAAGAGUGCCUGCACAGCCUUGUGCUUUACAAGAUGGCACUCUGCCUGAGUGUAUGUGAAUGUGUCCCAAACACCAAGAUGCCAUAUCUUCCUUGUUUAAGUGUGACUGUCGACACAGGUGGAAUUUAUCCAGGGUAACUUGCUCAGUAACUAUUUCUUUCUUUGGCCUGAGGUUGAAAGGUGCGUGGCUCACACUGGUGAACAUACAGAAGGCCUGCUCUUAUCUUUUAGAACUGGCUGCAUUCCACCAGCCACAAAGAUUUCUAUCCACAAAGGCCCAUUAAGCACUGCAGAGAAAUGCAGACAAAAGGAAAUGGCCACAUAUCACAAGUUCUAUUAUAUAUUCUUUUGUAAAUACACAAUGUACAUUACUUGGAUGUUUUCCGAAAUCAUUUACUGUCUUUAUGAGUUAAUGUCAGUUUGCUACUCUCUCAACUUAGACUGUAACAUUGUAAAUAACAUAAUGUUCUUUAUUAUUUAUAUUUAAGCAUCUAACAUAGAGUUGUUUUCAUAUAAGUUGAAGAUAAAUGUCAAAAAUAUGGGGUUUUUUUGUUUGUUUUCUUUGCUUUAAGAUUAUGUAUCUUUUCCUUUUCCUUUUUUUAAAAAUAAUUUAUUGUUGAGGAGAAAGAAUGUAUAUGUAAUUGAAAUUAUUUGAAGAAUGCACAUUGAAGGCCGUGAGGUACUGAUAAACUAAAGAAUUUAUUAUCCAAAAUACUAAGCAAUAAGUAAUUGUGAUUUAUUUAAAGUUUUGUUCAUUUUCCAUGAAAGACAUACUGCAAUAAAAAUGCUACUCUGUGGAGACCUGGGA